UCCUUUGCAUCGCUUUGGUGUAACCAGGAUCGAGAGGGUUCUGUAGUGGCAGGAUAGCUAUUCUCAUUGGAUUAAAUACAUCCAAUUCUUUGACAUUUUUAUUACACAUAAUACAUAGAUGUUGAUUUGGUGGCAGCAUAUAUUUCUCAUGUAGGGAUUUUGUUAUUGACACAUGCCGCUGUUGCAUUUUUGCACAGCUCAGCUCUCUGUGUGAGCCGUAGGUCUGUCAUUACAGUAUCUACAGUUUAUAGCCAGUAAUAAAACACAUCUUCCUUGACCCACCGAUCUGAUUUCUGGACUCUCAUCACUGCAUUCAAGAGAUGGACGAAGAAAAUCAAAUACCUGAGGAUCUCUCACUGGAAGAGAGGGAUGAGCUGUCAAACAUCCGGCGGAGGAAGAGAGAGCUGCUGGAUGAUAUUGAGCGCUUGAAGUUUGCGAUAGCUGAAGUCAUGACUGAGAUCGAGCAACUAACGUGUGUAGGAGAGAGUAAAAUGACACAGAGGAACAAACAGAUUGCCAUGGGGAGGAAGAAAUUCAACAUGGAUCCUAAGAAGGGGAUCCAGUUUCUCCUGGAAAACAACCUUCUGCAGCACACCCCAGAAGACAUCUCUCAGUUCCUCUACAAGGGUGAGGGCCUGAACAAGACUGUCAUCGGAGAUUACUUAGGGGAGCGAGAUGAGUUUAACCUCGACGUACUACAGGCGUUCGUAGAGCUUCAUGAGUUUGCUGACCUCAACCUCGUCCAGGCCUUAAGGCAGUUCCUGUGGAGUUUUCGUCUACCUGGUGAGGCUCAGAAAAUUGACCGGAUGAUGGAGGCGUUUGCCUCGCGGUACUGCGGCUGUAACCCUGGGGUGUUCCAGUCAACAGACACCUGUUAUGUGCUGUCAUUUGCCAUCAUUAUGUUGAACACCAGCCUGCACAACCCCAAUGUCAGAGACAAGCCCCCUGUAGAGAGAUUCAUCUCCAUGAACAGAGGUAUCAAUGAGGGAGGAGACCUGCCAGAGGAACUACUCAGGAAUUUAUUUGACAGCAUAAAAAAUGAGCCCUUCAAAAUCCCAGAGGACGAUGGCAACGAUCUGACACAUACAUUCUUCAACCCUGACAGAGAGGGGUGGCUACUGAAAUUAGGUGGAAGAGUGAAGACCUGGAAGAGACGGUGGUUCAUUCUGACUGACAACUGCCUGUACUACUUUGAAUACACAACGGACAAGGAACCUCGUGGGAUCAUUCCUUUGGAGAACCUCAGUAUAAGAGAAGUGGAUGAGCCCAGGAAACCUAACUGUUUCGAGCUCUACAACCCGAACCACAAGGGUUCGUUGAUCAAGGCGUGUAAGACUGAGGCGGACGGCCGGGUCGUCGAGGGCAACCACACAGUGUACAGGAUAUCAGCGCCCACCACAGAGGAGAAGGAGGAGUGGAUCAAAUCCAUCAAAGCAAGCAUCAGCAGGGAUCCUUUCUAUGACAUGCUGGCAACCAGGAAGCGGAGAAUAGCCAAUAAGAAGUGAGGAGGAGCGCCUGGCCACACCCUCCCCAUCAUCAGUGACACCAGCAUAGACCCCAGUCUGUCCAGGCGACCAGGGUGUCUCUUUCACUCAGCCCAGGGACAGGAUACAUGGCUGCGCGGCCACAGCAGAGACCAGGGUAAGGGGAUCCAGAUGUCGUGGGGAAUUGACUUUGGAUGCUACACCUCUCCACUUCAUCAGCAUGGAUAAAGGACAAAAUGGGGAAGGGCACUUGAUAUUUUGGUCAUCAGUUUCUUUUCAGAUGUAUGUGUGAAUACAAUUCACACAACUGUAAAUUCUAUGAAGUGUGAAUGUACAGUAUUGAGGACACAAUGAGAAACUGAAUGGUCUGUGCUUACCCAAUGUCCCCACACAGACUGAGCUUUCGUCAGCCAUAUAAGCAUGGAUAUUGUUGCCCUCUAGUGGGUGAGUUGAGUAUGAUUUCAAUGUCAGAAGACCCUAAAUUUAUGAAUCAGCUGGUCUGAUUUUCCACCCCUGAAACAAUUGACACUAAUACAAUAGGGAUGGGGUUUUUAUUUUUUUCAAUUUCUGUUUAACAAUGAGAUGUCCAUGCCAGAGAAAUAUCUCUAUGGUGAAGGAGAUGUGACUUGGAGAAGGAUGCCAUUUUGUCUUAGAGCUAUAAUACAUUGUCAUGUUUGUGGGACAGUUAUCUAAAGCUAGUUUAUGUAUUGAUUCAAAGUCCACCGCUAAAAAUCUUUUUUUUUCAUC